UCUCACUCAUCAUCACGGGCCUUUCUUAUUUCUUCAAAUUUAAAUUUAAAUUCCCCUUUUUAUUUUAUUCUAUUUUGCUUUAACUCUCUCUUUCAAAUCUUGUUCUUCAACGUCUCUCUCUCUCUCUCUCUCUACAUUCUUCUGCUACAUCUUCAGAAACACUAGAUUUUAACCAGUAAUUAGAAACCCUAAUUCUUGAAAUUUUCUACACAAUUUCCUUGAAGUUUUGGCGAUUGAAUAAUGUUUACAGAAGGGUUGGAUACAAAUGCUGUCAAAUGGGUCAAACAGGGAUCAGGUAAUGAAGCUACUCACUCCAUGACAAACCAACGAGCCCGAAUCGAUCCGGUCUCUUCAAGAAACGGGUCACGCGGGGUUGGCUUGCCACCACCUUCAAAGUUCAAAAGCGGAGUCGUUCCUCUAUCUCAAGUCUUACCCAGAGAUGACACUAACUCCACUUCCGAAGACAUGUCAACCGAUUCCGACACAGAAGUAUACGGUGGACGAUACUCGCUAGAUUCCUCCUCCCCUCAAGACGAUAGAGUCCCUUCCGUUAGUAACAACCGGUAUCAUGAUCCUGUACAACGGCGUCCACAGUAUCACGUGUACUCUAGCGAUGUGAGCUCUUCGGUUGAAAUGACGAGAAACAGGAAUGUUGGUGAUCGGUUGAGGGGAGCGAAUAGGUACGAUGUUAGAAGCAGUGUUUAUACAGAGGAUGAAUCGGAUGAUUCGGUUGAAAGCUCGGAGUAUUCGACUACACAAGUCGGGGCUAGCAUUGAGAAUUUACCUCGUAAAGAUGCGUAUACGUCGAAGGAAGAUUUUCCUAGUGCACCUCCGAUUUCAGGCUCAUUUGGAGAGAUCAAGCAAGAGGAGGAUUCACCAUGUUCUAAAACGAAUAUUACAACGUCUAGAGUUGAUUCGCAUGAUUUGGAGGCUAAUUCAUCUGUACAGAAAAAGACCCCCUUUGUAGCCGUAAAGGAGGAUCAUAAGCAGGAGACGUUAAAUACAUCUAGGAGCAUUGGUGCGAAAACUGGUUCGGAUACUAUUCCUACUCGUCUUCCGACGUUUCAUGCAAGUUCGCUUGGGCCUUGGCAUGGUAUGAUUGCAUACGAUGCAUGCGUUCGACUCUGCCUACAUGCUUGGGCAAAAGGUUGCAUGGAGGCCCCUGUUUUCUUGGAAAACGAGUGUGCAUUGCUUCGACGCGCCUUCAGUUUACAACAAGUGUUACUACAACCCGAAGAAGAACUGCUUGUUACGCGCGCUUCUGAAGUCGGUAGCGAAGGGAACACUCAAAAACCGAAGAAAAUGGUCGGGAAGAUGAAGGUGGAAGUGCGUAAGGUGAAAAUGGCGGUCGACCCACCAACAGGAUGCAGUUGUGCAUCCAUAAAGCCACCAAAAGUGAAAACGGAAACCGUUAAACGCCAACUCGCUAACUUACAAUCAAAAGUGUCUUCCGGGUGGCGAGCAGUUAGAAAUAUCCAUUUCUCUCCUCGGGUGCCUGCAAAUGGUUCGUUUUCUCGUCAUAGUAUGGCUUACAUGCAAGCAAGUAGUCAAUACAUCAAGCAAGUUUCCGGUCUUCUUAAAGUUGGCGUUUCAACUCUACGAAGUAGUUCAUCCGGAUACGAAGUACAAGAAUCAUACUUAUGUCUACUAAGGCUCAAAAGUUCAGCUGAAGGGGAUACCGUUCGAAUGCAACCCGGUUCUCGUGAAACACAUACAUUUUUGCCGGAUAGCCUCGGGGAUGAUUUGAUCGUUGAAGUGCAAGACUCGAAAGGCAACCAUUUCGGUCGUGUUUUGGCCCAGGUGGCCACUAUUUCCGAAGAUCAGAAUGAUAAAUUACGAUGGUGGUCUAUAUAUAGAGAACCGGAGCAUGAACUUGUCGGAAAAAUUCAACUGCAUAUAAAUUAUACGACUAGACUAGACGAAAAUAGCCUCAAGUGCGGUUCUAUUGCCGAAACAAUGGCGUAUGAUUUUGCGUUGGAGGUUGCCAUGAAAGAGCAGAACUUUCGACAACGAAAUCUGUUGCUGCAUGACCCAUGGAAAUGGUUACUCGCUGAAUUUGCAACGUAUUAUGGCGUUUCUGAUGCUUACACAAAGCUAAGAUACCUAUCCUACAUAAUGGAUGUUGCCACUCCGACAAACGAUUGUCUCUCAUUAGUAUACGAUUUGUUGCUGCCUGUUAUAAUGAAGGGGCAUACUAAGGGCACUUUGAGUCAUCAAGAGAAUAGGAUUUUGGGUGAGAUUGAAGAACAAAUUGAGCAGAUUUUUUCUGUCGUUUUUGAGAACUACAAGUCGUUGGACGAGCUGUCGCCAUCUGGCGUCAUCGAUGUUUUCCGGCCAGCUACCGGGGAUGCUGCACCGGUUUUGGAACCUGCUGUGAAACUGUAUAAUCUGCUUUAUGAUAUAUUAUCUCCCGAGGCACAAAAUAAGUUAUACAGCUACUUCCAGGCUGCUGCGAAGAAAAGAUCGAGAAGACACUUGACCGAAACGGAUGAAUAUCUUAGCGGCACUGGUGAAGGAAAUGUGAUGGAUCCGGUUACCGUCUCAACCGCUUAUCAGAAAAUGAAAUCCCUUUGCCUAAACAUUAGGAAUGAGAUAUAUACAGAUAUUCAGAUUCAUAAUUGCAAUAUACUUCCAAGUUUCAUAGACCUACCGAAUCUUUCAUCUGCAAUAUACAGUGCUGAGCUUUGCAACCGAUUACGAUCGUUUCUCGUUACAUGCCCUCCAUCGGGUCCUUCUCGACCCGUUACGGAGCUUGUGAUUGCAACUGCAGACUUCCAGAAGGAUCUUGCCACCUGGAAUAUCAAUCCUGUGAAAGGCGGGGUCGAUGCAAAAGAACUGUUUCAUCUCUAUAUUAUCAUUUGGAUUCAAGAUAAGCGCCUUUCAUUGCUUGAGACAUGUAAAUUAGACAAGGUAAAAUGGUCAGGUGUCAGAACACAACAUUCAACAACCCCAUUUGUGGAUGAAAUGUACGGCCGGCUUAAAGAAACGUUAAACGAUUACGAUGUCAUAAUAUGUCGGUGGCCAGAGUAUACCUUCGCUUUGGAGAAUGCAAUUGUGGACAUUGAAAAGGCGAUAAUCGAAGCUUUGGACAAACAAUUUGCCGAUGUUGUAGCACCUUUAAAAGAGAACAUGACACCAAAGAAGUUUGGCUUCAAGUAUGUCCAAAAACUUGCCAAAAGAACCACAAAUCCUUAUGUCGUCCCUCCUGAGCUUGGCAUUCUGUUGAACUCAAUGAAGCGAAUGCUAGAUGUUUUGCGUCCGAAGAUUGAAGUUCAACUUAAGUCGUGGGGUUCAUGUUGUAUUCCCGAAGAGGGGAAUACCGCAGCCGGAGAGCGUUUAAGUGAAGUGACCGUGAUUCUUAGAUCAAAGUUUAGAAACUAUCUUCAAGCAGUUGUGGAGAAACUUGUUGAGAAUACAAGGCUGCAAAACGGUACAAAGUUAAAGAAAAUUCUUCAAGACUCAAAGGAUAGUGUGACCGAAUCCGAGAUCAGAAACAGAAUGCAACCACUAACCGAGCAGCUUAUGAACACCGUGAAUCAUCUGCACACCAUCUUCGAGACGCACGUUUUUAUCGCAGUAUGUCGAGGAUAUUGGGACUGGAUGGGACAGGAUGUUUUGAGUUUUCUUGAGAACAGGAAAGAAAAUAAAUCAGUGUACAAAGGCUCAAGAGUUGCUGUAUCUAUUUUGGAUGACACAUUUGCAUCACAAAUGCAAAAGUUGCUUGGCAAUGCACUUCAAGAGAAAGAUCUAGAACCACCAAGAUCGAUUGUCGAAGUGCGAUCCAUGCUAUGCAAAGACACGGGCUCGUCGAGCCACAAAAAGAACAGUUACUUUUAUUAGAAAUAUUUUUUCAUAUAUUUGGCAAUCGAUGAUGCAUACGAUAUAUGAUCAUCGUUGUUGGUUGUCACUCGCUCGUGAAUAAGAGUAAAGUUGUUAAAGUUAAGGUUAUUAGCGUGACAUUGUAAGAUUUUAAACUAUUUUAACGUCCCAUAAGAAACGAAUGUACAACCUAUAUUUCAAGAUAAACGUAUUAGUUGUAAAAUAGACAAGUUGAUUGAUAA